CCUCUCUCUCUCUCUCAUCUCUCACUAGCUGAGCUCUCACGUACCCACUUGGAACCAUUAUCCGCCAUUUGGGAACUUCAUCAAGUUUAUUGGGUUCUGGAAUUUUUCUGGGUUGUGGGGAGUGGAGGACGAAAGGCGUUGUCUUUAUAUAGCUUUUUGGGGAAUUUUGAAUUUGGGGGAAAAUUUUGUGUUGUGUGUUUUGUUCAAGUUUGGGGGUUUUGGACUUGUUUACGUGCUGAAUUUGAAGUCUGUGUCGCUAAUUGUUGGUUAUGGUGUUUGGUUUGGUGCUUAAUUUGAGGUAUUAGAAUCUAGGGUUUCUGAUGAGCUCUGGGUUGUUCUGUAAUAGUUCUGCUGCUGUGAAGCUGUGAUUGAUUGUUGGUUUUUGGUUGUGGGGAAUAUAGCGUUGGCUUUACGCGAUGUGGAAUUUGAGCAAGUCAAGAAAGGUGCGUGCUUUGGUUUGAGUUGGAUUUUGUGAAAGAAGAGGGGUUGGGAUUUUGGUGGUGGAAGCAAUAAAGGAGAAGAAUGGCGAUGGAGUCCAACACAGGGUUUCUUCAUGAUGAGACUUUUGGGUAUGGCAUGAACCGACACGCCAUGUCUUUCCAGUCUAGAGCUAUAAACAGCAGCUCUGAGAUGAUUCCCAUGGGGAAUUACUUUAGUAAUCAUCCUGCUGGGAUGGGGAUUGGGAUGGGGGUGGGAAUGGGGAUGGGGAUGGGGAUGAUGUUUUCCCCGAAUUCAGGGUCAGGAAUGAGCAUGGUCAACCACAGCCCUGUAAUUAGUCAACCCGGGAACUCAUCAGGGGCUCCUCUGCUUGUUGAUUCCGUGCCGGGGCUCAAGCAUGACACUGGCUUGGCAGUUGAGUGGUCUAUGGAGGAGCAGUACAAAUUGGAGGAGGGCCUUGUCAAAUACGCUGAUGAACCAAGUAUUAUGAGGUACAUAAAGAUUGCAGCAACCUUGCGUGAUAAAACUGUGCGUGAUGUUGCCUUGAGGUGUAGGUGGAUGACGAGAAAGCGGAGGAAAUCUGAAGACUAUACUACAGGAAAGAAGAGCAAUAUUAGGAAGGAUAAACUCGUAGAAUCAUCCUCUAAGAUAAGCAUUCCUUCAGCUCCGCAACACAACAUGGCUGCAUAUUCUCUUAUGAUGCAUCGUAUGGACCAGAAUGAGCGCUUGCAGUGUGAAGGUAUAAGUGGGACGGCCAAGCAUUUAUUGGACCAAAAUGCUCAAGCUUUUAAUCAAAUCACAACUAACCUUUCUACGUACAAGUUACAGGACAACAUUGACCUCUUCUGUCGCACGAGGAACAACUUAAGUGCUAUCCUGAAUGACAUGAGAGGUGUGCCUGGAUUUAUGAGUCAAAUGCCCCCACUGAAUGUAUGCAUAAAUGAGGAUCUUGCUAAUAGUGUUAUCUUGCCUAAUACAACUUAGACAAAACAACGUCCUGGCAUUGUGGACCGCCUCAUUGUCUGAGCGCACCGUGUAUGAGUUUGUUUUUGUUGCCGGGAAACAGAGUUGAAGAUAUCUGAUGAGGCUUAUGCAGAACCCUACUCAAUUAGGCCUCAUUGUCAUUUAAUAUUAGUGCCUCCAUCCCUGGAUCGCUUCUGUUGUGUCUGAAAAUAUAUUAUGUGCCCUUAUUCCCAUUGUGCAGGAAAUAAAUUAAUAUAUAAGUAUAGUUGCAGCUGCAGGAACUUUUCCUUGUAAAUUUCAAUCUAUAAUUGCUAAUUGUACCUCCUCACUUCUGUUGGCUAGCAUGGUUUGAUUUGUUGGUUUGACCAUUUUCUUUCACCCUUAAUGAAGUACUUCGUAGUUCGAUAAC